CAGAUCGAGUUCCCAGCCCCAGCGUCCGUGUGGCGUUGCCGCGGGUCCCUCCCCGCCCGCCCAGCUGCAGGCGCGCUCCGUGGUCCCUGAGCACCCACGCGCGGGCCGUGCCCUCCCCGACCCAGGUGGCGCGGGAGAAGCUGCGCAAGUACGUCUUCGACCGCGUGAAUAUGCACAACGUGCUGAUCGACCCGGUGCGGCGGCGCGAGCAGAAGCUGGAGAGCAUGCAGCUGGAGCUGGCCAGCCUUAAGAACCAGCCCGAGGCCACCAAGGAGGAGCCGCGCCGGCUGCAGGUCAUCCGUCAGCUAGAGAACAACAUAGAAAAGACGAUGGUCAAGAUCACCACUAGCCAGAAUAUCCACCUGCUGUACGUGGACCUGCUGGACCACCUGAAACAAAAGCUGGCAAGAUACCCCACAGAGCUGGACAAGCUGCAGAAUCUCGUGGUUGACGACUGCUCGGAACUGUCGGACAUGACAGUCAUGUCCCAAGAUGCCAGGAUGAUUACGGAUGAGGUCAAGAUGAACAUGAGGCAAAGGGAGGCCACCUUCAUCGAGGAACGCCAGGCAUGGGAGGACCGGCUCAACCAGCAGAAGCAGCUCACUGACAAGGUCCACUCCGAGGAGACCAGCGAGAAAUACCGCUGGGUGCGUCCAGGCCACGCCAGGCACAGCAGCCCCUGUGCCACAGAGGACACCUCUCACCUCCUCCCCCUCCGCGCUCAGGGCCGGCGGGACUUGCACUUCCCCUGCAGCCUGAUGGGUCCUGAAACUGAAAGGAGGAGGGAGACCUUCAAGGCUGAUAUUGAAUACCAGACGGACGUGACGGCUUUGGUGGAGAAAGUCUAGACUGCUGUGCGGUGCUCUCACCUCUGGGACAUCACCGGCCGCUUCCUGGCUCAGAGGAGCACGGAGGAGAACCUGGCGCUGCAGGUGGCGGGCGGUGAGGGGAGGCGGGCGCAGCUGGAGGCCGUGACGAAGGAGCUGGCGACGGAGGGCGUGAUGCCCAGCUCCAUCAGGCACCCGGGAGCCCCUGACCUCCUCCUCACUGACAGCCCCGUGGCUGGCACCAGGCUCGGAGCUGAGCGCACCCACUGCCGAGGGGCCCCAAGUGCCCGCGUGUGAGCUCCUGAGCCCGAAU